AUGCAAAGAUAUUCCGUGACACAAUAGUUCGGGCGUGUUUGCGGUGGAGAAGUGGGUACAUUGAAGUGUGGAUGAUGUUGUUUUGUGGUUUUAGGAUAUAGCGGUGAGACGCUAGCAACAUGAAGUGCAUCACAACAAAAAUGAAAAAUAAGUAUGGUAUUCUUGCUGGGAAAUGACAACAGCACAAGUAGCCAUGAACUGGCAUAUCUAAUGUGUGACAUGCUGUCUGAUGAGGAAGCUGCUAUUGAAUGAUGGCACCAUUUCCAUUGUUACUUGCAGUAUGGCUAUAUGCACAACUGGAACUGCCAAGCAGUGUACUGUGUGCUGGUGACGUAGGACCAGUUCUUCCACCUUCUGGCUUCUGUACUACAUACAAUGGGACUGUUUGCAAGAAAUAUCUUAGUGGCUCAGUUUGGUACAACCAGUCAAAUGAUAACAUGGGAAACUGGUUAAAUGAGCAUAUUGUGCAGGGUUUGUGGCAGGAAAUGAUUGAAGGCUUUAAAGAACCUUGCAGAAGUGCUGCUGAGAAAUUGCUGUGUACAUACGCAUUCCCACAAUGUGGGUUGCGGGAUGGGUAUCCAGUGACACUUCCUCUGUGUCAAGAAGAUUGCGUGGCUGUGCGGCAACUCUUCUGCUACAAUGAGUGGGCACUUAUCGAAGAUAUGAAACAGCGAGGCAUCUAUUUCAAGUCACGUAGACAUUUCACACUGCCAGACUGUGAAGCAUUACCAGUGUACAAGAACUCGACCACACCUGUAUGUUCCUAUGCACACCUCACAGAAAUGAAGACUGAUGAAAUUACUUAUGACUGUAUACGUGGAAGAGGACGUUUCUAUCAGGGAACUGUGAAUGUUACAAAGGAUGGCCUAGCUUGUCAAAGGUGGGACUCUCAAGUACCACACACACAUAACAGGCCUCCUGAUGUUUUUCCAGAGGUUCAGAAUGCAGAAAAUUACUGCCGCAAUGCUGGUGGAGAGGAACCGUCACCGUGGUGUUACACAAUGAACCAGACGGUCCGCUGGCAGCGUUGUGAAAUACCUGUCUGUGAUAAUGACACAGUAAGAGAAGAGAUCGACGACGAACCUGCCAUUGUGGUAAUGGAAGAAUUCUUCACACCUGUCUUCAUUCUUUUGUUGUCAGCAGUGGGUUUAGUUGGACUGAUUAUUAUUCUGCUACUUUUUCUGCUCUGUCAUCGCCUUUACAAGCACCGUGUUGGUUACAAUCCUACAGCAACUCGAGAUGAAGUGAACAUAGAUCUGGACAAGUUACCUAGCAACAUGGCAUAUCAUAGAACAGGAGCACAGCUCAACCCAAAACUGGAGAAACUGGAAUUCUCGAGAAACGAUAUAAUUUACAUAAGAGAUUUAGGCCAGGGAGCAUUUGGAAGAGUUUUUCAGGCCAAAGCUCCAGGGUUGGUGAAAGGAGAAGAAUUCACAUUAGUUGCAGUGAAGAUGCUCAAAGAUGAGGCAUCUGAAGAUUUACAAGUAGACUUUGAACGUGAGGCGUGCUUGUUGGCAGAAUUUGACCAUCCAAACAUAGUUAAGCUCCUCGGAGUGUGUGCCAUCGGACGUCCUAUGUGUCUUUUAUUUGAGUACAUGGGUCGUGGAGACUUGAAUGAGUUUUUGCGUUCAUGUUCUCCUAGUAAUUACAUUGUCAGAAGUUCUGAAGGUGAUGGGGAUAUGUUUAGAGAUGUGCAACUGACUCACGUUGACUUAGUCAAUAUUGCUCGACAAGUGGCAGCUGGAAUGGUUUACCUUUCAGAUCGAAAAUUUGUGCACCGAGAUCUCGCCACACGUAACUGUCUUAUAGAUGACAGCAUGGUGGUGAAAAUUGCAGACUUUGGAUUGUCUCAAAAAAUUUACUUACAAGACUACUAUAAAGGUGAUGAACACGAUGCUAUUCCUGUACGGUGGAUGCCACUUGAAAGUAUCCUUUACAAUAAAUACACAGUUGAGUCAGAUGUUUGGGCAUUUGGAGUUUGUCUGUGGGAGAUAUUUUCAUUUGCCCUUCAACCAUACUACGGAAUGACACAUGAAGAGGUAGUGAAGUACAUUAAAGAAGGUAAUGUGUUACAGUGUCCAGACAACACACCAAAGUCCGUGUAUGAACUUAUGAAACUCUGCUGGAAUCGCAAACCACCAGCGAGACCUGGUUUCCGGACGAUCUAUCAAACUUUGGAAACUAUUCAAGACGAAGUGGAAAGGGCACAGAAUUGUCGGACAAGUUCGUUUCCACAGAGAGUCCAUGUCUGAUGGUUCCUUCAGAAUGCAAGGAGGCAUUUUUCAGUCUUUCAGUGUUUGGACUUCUUCUGUGGCCUCUGCUCUUGUAGUGAGACAGUCUGCUGAAUGUGUGUUAAGUAUUUGGCAGAUAUGUUGAAUUUUGCAUAGUUUUAUUUAAAUGUGCUCAUAUCAGUUGUAUGUCCUCUAGUCACUCUGACCUGUUUACCAUUAACUUAAAAAGGUAAGCACUUGUUUAUAUGUGGUGGUGUUUGUAACAAUUUGUGUCAUGUAUCUGCAUGGUGAAGUUUUGAAUGGCUUUUUUAUACACUGUAUUUAUUCCACAAUCAUGCAUUUGUAAAAUGUUUGUGUACAUACUUAAGAGGGCAAAUGUGAUUGUAAGGUACUAAAAGUUGCAGAAAUGUAUUGAUUUAUAAAUUUUUUAU